AUGUCGCCAACACUUGAAGACCUGCUGCGCCGGAUUGCGGAAUUGGAGGGGCGUGCAGAGAAGGACAAGCAGCAAAUGCAAACUCUCCAGCAGCGCACGGAACCAUCACUCUUCCUCGACUACCUGCGCAGCACUGAGGAGAACCUUUUCGCGACAUUCCGACCCCCAGUGCCAUCUACGACCACGACCAAAACAUCGAGCCAGACGACGUGCGUUAAUGGAAAAUUCUACCCGCGCCGACUGCGGCCGUGGACAGAAUUUGAAGACGCCCACACCGCUCAGUUCAGGACGCUGACCGAUGCUCUGGAAGACCACGCCGUCUUCCCGGCGCUGACCGACGUUUUGGGCGCCAGCCGCGACCUUAGUCCUACACCCAACGGCGAGAUGGACCUGCGCCCGUUUGUCAGGGCGUCCAUCGAAAAGCCAGCCGUGCGGAUCAUCAACGCGUACAUGAGCCUUGCGGACAACCCGCCCUUUACAAGCAUCAACUUCCAAAACAACUCGUACGGCCUCAACCUUGCCGACACGCCGGACGAUGAGCUGCAAGAGGUCCAGGGACCUGCGGCAAAACGCCAGCGGUCGCCAGUAAAGCGCAUCGGCAUUCCGGACCGCUGGUGUGUGGGUGUACUGCAAGACGGGAGCUGUGCGCACGUGCUCGUGGGAGAGUACAAGGCCGCACACAAACUGCCUGCCAGGAAGCUGAAGGCUGUUCUGUCGACGGCGCCGGGCGAAGACUUUUUUCGGGCGAAAUCAGACGCGACCGGCUCUCAGCGUAAGGCUGUGCCAGGGGAUGCGUUCGUUGCCCGCGUCCUCUGUCAGGCUUACCACUAUAUGAUCACCUCAGGCCUCGAGUUUGGAUACGUGGCAUCGGGCGAUGGCCUGGUGUUUCUACGUGUCCUCAAUGAUGAUCCCCAGACGCUAUACUACUCGUGCUUUGUCUUUCCCAUCCCGCUUCCCCCGAGCAACGGGCCCGAGUCCGACAGAGGACACCAGAACACUAUCAACAUUAACAGACGCGAGCCGCGAAAGACAGCAGCAGCCUAUCUUGCUAGCUUGUGCAUGCUUGCCCUCCAGUCAAGUCCGCGCCCAAAGAGCUGGAUUGAUGCACGCGAUCACGACCUUGCGCGAUGGCCUGAUCCGUAUGGUGGAAUUGUACCCUUGUCAGAGAUGUCCCUACCGCCACCACCACCACCACCAGAUGCCGGCACAGACGGUGGGAGUGCUGGCGGCUCGGGCAAUAGUUCCGGAAACGCCAGCAACAGCGGCCUCAACACGGCGAGUCUGCCCAAGCGGCGACGGUCUGAUUCGAACCACACACAAAAUACGUCUCAGCACGGAUAUACGGCGCGUACACACUUUGUUGUCGAACCUCCAACGCUGCCUUACUGCACCCAGGCCUGCCUCCGUGGUCUCUGCAACGGCGCGCCACUGGAUGACCGCUGCCCCAACGUGGCUCUGCACCGCGCCGCCUGGCUGUCGUCGCCAAAACGCCGCUGUCGCCACCUGCUCACAGCCUCUGAUCUGCGUUCCCGCGUUGUCGCCCAGCUGGCCGACAACAUGGAUAAGGAUUGCGAGUGCCUCGAUCGGUGGGGCUGCUUUGGUCGCUACGGCGUGCUUUUCAAGAUCGUCGUCACCGGUUACGGCUACACGCUCGUCGCCAAGGGCGUCCAAGCUGUGCACCGUCACAUCGUGCAGCACGAGGCCGCCGUGUAUGCAGCGCUGGCAGAACGAACCGGCCCGCAGCUCCAAGGUCGCCUGAUUCCCGUGUUCCUGGGCAUCGUCGGCCUCGAGCGGCCCCUGCCGCUGCACAGCUGCGCCCGUGUUCCGUACUUGAUGUUGAUGUCCUACGCUGGACCGACGCUGGCGUCACACAAAACGCGGCAGGCGCUGCUGGAUGCUGGCACAGACUGGGAGGCCGAACAAGAUCGCACGCUGCUGGAACUCGAAGCAGCCGGCCUGUACGAUGAGGACGCGCGUCCAGCCAACUUGGCCUGGAAUGCCGAGGCAGGCCGGGUCAUGCGACUCGACUUUGGCCAGGCCUAUGUGGAGUCGCUGCCGGUGCAGACUUCAUCACCAGUCCUCGCCAAGCGAGACUUGGAUGCACACUGUGGCGCUGGCGACCACCACCAGCCAGCUCUCAAGCGGAUGCGGACCGGCUCAGCAACUGUCGCCGACCCUAUGCAUGACUAG